AUUAUUGUAAGAAAGUUUUUCUUCUAUUUUUUUAUUUUUAUUUUAUAUAUUAUAUAUAUUACAGCAAUGCAAAAUAUAUUCGAUGUAAAUAAAAACGAUAAGGAUUAUUACUCUAUUCUAAACUGUGUUGACUCUAGUUCUAUGGAACAAAUCAAGGCUGAAUAUAAACGACUUGCACUUCUUCAUCAUCCAGAUAAAGCUCAAAAUACUGAAGGUGAUAGUCAAUAUCCUAUGAUAAAGGAAGCAUUUGAUGUAAUUGGGGAUCCUCAGAAUAGAGCAAAAUAUGAUAGAUGGAGACAAAGUGGAUUAUGUAUUCCUUUUGAAGACUAUAUUCAACUUAGUGGUCAUGCUCAGACAAUACACUGGCAAGCUCUUCCCACUCAACUCACUUUGACAGAACAAGGCAGAUCCACAGACGAACAACAUGUUAAAUCAGUACGACCUCAUCCAAGAAAUGACAUGCCUAAAAUUACAUUGAACAAGAACUCAUUUUGGUCAAAGAAAAGUAGCGAUGACCCCUAUACCAAAUUUAGAAACUAUGAAAUCUGAUCGACUUUUGUUUCUUUCUCUUUGGGUCUACAUCAAAUAUCAUGAUCCCAUUCAACUAGUAUAGCUAAUCUAUUCUGUAUAUAUUAUCAAUAAAAUUCAUAUAUGUAUAUAGCA